AUGUCCGACAGCGAAGAUUAUGAAUCGCCUCCAACUCAAGCAUCUUCAAAGAAGCGCAAGCUAUCUGCCAAGGCAACUACAUCUACAAAGGCUAAGCGUGCAAAGAAGGACCCGUUCGCCGACGCCAAAGAAACCAUACGCACCGUUCUCGCAGCCCCAGAUUCCUUCUCACUUCCUGAUGAUAAUGGUGAGAUGCGUCGUCUCGUCGUCAGCAUCGCCGAAUACACUCAAAGCCUCGAAGGCAUCACCGCUGCGGCGAACGCGGGCAGACCUGGUCUUGAGCACAAAACUGUAGAAGAUAUCAAAAAAAGAGGCUUCGCGCAGUGCGAAGACAAUCAAGGCUAG